AACUCAAACUGAGAGACUUCAAGCAUCGUCUGAAGAUGAAAGUGUGCAGCGUUCUCCUCGUUGUGGUUCUCUGUGUGUGCAGUGGAGCUCUAGGGGUGUACGUCGAGGUCGGACACAGAAGCUUCCCCUUAGAAGCAGUGAAACAACUGAAGGAGCUCAUGAAAAGCAACAACAACAAUGUUCCAUCUGUAUGUGUCAGUCCUCUCCUGCCACUGGUUUUCCAUCCAGUUUGCAAAGAAAGGGAGAGCGCCUGGGUUUUCUACCAACUAGUUGAAGCCAUCACUCCUAUCGAUCCUUGUGAAAUAUGCGCCAACCCAGCCUGCGCUGGAUGUCUGAACUGAGGCUGCCAUUGACACAAAUGAACAUCAUACAAGUUUCAGGCACCUUGCUCCAUAGUUCUGACAUCUCAACAUGUUUGCAUCCAUGGAUGUCAAUGAAACAUGCAGC